CGCUGCAGAUAAAUCUGUAUUAUUCCCUACUCUAUUGUUUAUGCUCUGUAAGAUGGCAGUGCCCAUAUACCUUUAUCUCUGUGCGUCGUUCUCGAUAACACCAAAAACUGAAUUACUGUAGUUAUAUUUGUCAGUAAGCACAAUAUGCAUUGCGCAGGGAUACCACCAUUUGUUUUUGACACGGAGUUCCCAAUUCACGGUUGUGUAUGAAGAAUCUGACUUUAUAUAUGUGGAUUAUAUUUGUCAUCAUUGGUGUUGUUUUAGAAGUGAAUGUGAAAAUACUGUUUAGAUAUUCGGGAAUUAAUAAAAACAAAAUGACUCGCUACCUAGGUAUGGCAUCACUGUCGCAAGGGUGACACUCUGACCAAUCAGGAACAAUGAAAGCUUUGGGUAAAACAGUGACUGAUUAAAUAUACAUUAAUCUUUUCUAAAGUGAGGAAACUCUCGUUCAACAAUUAUUCAUUACAAUUAGAAGGGAUAUAAUCAAACAUGUCUAGAGGAGAUACAGAGAUUCCUGUCAGUGAGGAUUAUGCUACAACUGAAGAGCCUACUAUGCCCAUUCUGGUUGAAGAAGGAUUGGCUUCAAGUAUGCUUAGAGAGCAAUUACACAUUCAUGAUAAUGAUGCUUAUUCAUCAUCUGAAGAACCAACCAUGCCUAAACUAACAAUAGAAGGUACCAUUACAGGUCCUUCAAAGAAAGUUCCACCACCUGUCUCAGCCAUGGCAAGUCUUACACCCGGGUGCAAUGGAGUCUCAACGGAUUUGGCAGCUCACCCAGUACAAAACAGUAUAGAAAAGAUUGUAACAGAAAUCACGACACCAAAAGCAGAGACAAACCCAUUAGGUAGAAACAGAAGAACUAAAACAACACAAAAUUCAAGUGAUCUAGGGACCCAAGUGGUGCAAUUGAGAAGAGUUGGAAAGCAUUCUUGUAAUUUAUGUCAGUCCCCAGAUUCCACGACACCCAAAAGGCCUCGGUCAGAUUGUAACGUUUCCGAAGUUAAGAGAACCCGCAGGAAAGAGAAUCCUGGACCAACAGAAGAAUUGUUUGCUCCACUAAAGCUUGGCUGGAUUCGAGAAAUUGUAACUCGCCAUAUAUCCAGUCAUGCAAAACAAGAUGUAUAUUAUCAUCCACCAUAUGGCAAGAAGCUGCGAUCAUUGGUGGAAAUUGGAAAGUACUUGAAACAAGAAAAUAUGACUGCUUUGCUGACCGUGGACAACUUCACAUUCUUUGCGGAACCUCUAGGUUAUGGAGAGCCCUUCGAAAUCGUUCGAGGAGCAUUAAUGAGAUCACAAUCUGUCUCAAAAGCAAAUGGCAGUCCCAAAAAGGAACAAAUUUUGACUCCAAAGAAAGGAUAUCACAUAAAGAAGUCAAAACUUACACCAAAAAGCACAAACAAUCCCAAAACAAAGGCUAAAUCAGCCAAGCAAAAGUCAGUGGAGAAAAUGGCCAAACAUGCUCAUGUGGCAGAAUCUUCAGAUGAAGAAUAUCAAGUGAUCACAGAAAUUGCAGAAAGCGAUGAGGUUGUAGCCUUACAUUUAGCAGAGACUGACAAUUUGGAAAUUGGUCACCAGGCUGAAGCAGUAGUUAAAAAUACUAAAGUACAAAUCAAGAAGAAAAUAACACAUAGCAGUGAACAAGGAAAUAUCUUUAGUAGUCCAGAAAGAAAAGAGGUUUACCAGGAAACAAAAAAUCCAAAGUACAUUGCCAGUACUCAGAGUUUGAUGAUUGCUCCUGGUAGUGUCAGUGAGAGAUAUAUCACCAGAACUGGAAGCCCCAAGCGAAUCAGGAUAACAGCUGAAAACAAGAAUGGAAAUAGCUCAAUGAACAAGAAGAUGGCAGAGCAUUGCCAAAAUGUACAAAAGCCAGUAGAAUUUCCCCAGGAAGAUCAACUAUCGCCAAAGGAAAGUUAUUCCAUAAAGGUUAAUGAAACACAUGAAGGAGAACAUAGUAACCAGCAUGAAACUGAAAAAAUUAGUUUGAGUAGGCAUAAUAAUUAUAUUUCCCUCAAUCCUGUGGUUAUAAAUGAUAUAGAUGAACAUUACGAGGUUAGUGAAACAGUUCAUAAAAAAUCAAAAAGAAAAAGAAUAGAGAAAAAUAUGAAUGGUAUAAAGUUAACAGGAAAGGAGAAGCUUGGUCUCCAAAAGAAACAAAUAAAGAAAGAAAAACCUUUGCCCAGUGAAGUAUUGUUUGUAGCAUCAGGAAUCCUAGAAAACUUUGAGGAGGACCAUGUUAAAGCAACAGAACUUUCAGGUAAUACUAUGUCAACGAUCUUACCUACAUUACAUAUUAAAGAAGAACCAGUAGAAAAUGAGUUCCUUCCUGUCAUAUCCAGUGUAAAAAGUGGAAAGGAAGCAGAAGAAAUGCUAGAGACUUCUGAGGAGCCCUUAAGACUGUGGUUUAAUCAAACUUCAAAUCCACAGAAAGCACGAAGAGGAAAAGCAAUUGGAGCUCAGCCAAGAAAUACUAAAAAUUACCCAGAAAUAAAUGGGCAAAAGACACAUAAAACAACUGUAGUUUCAAGAAGACAGCUUAAAACAAAUCUAGGCUCAACCAAUAUUGUUAAAGAACAAAAUUUUGUUCCACAGAAUGACAAGACUACAUCAACAGUGCCAUUUCUGAUUAGUUCUAAAAAAAAAAAAAAAAAUUUAUCCCCCCAAAAAAUACAAACAACCUGAAUAGAAAUUCUG